CAAAGGGGCGGGCCCAUGGCAGGUGGAGGAGGGAGUAGUGGCUCCAAUCCUUUCCGGCAUCUGGAGAAGAGUGCUGUCUUACAGGAGGCUCGUAUAUUCAAUGAAACACCCAUCAAUCCAAGAAGAUGUUUGCAUAUUCUUACAAAGAUUCUGUACUUAUUGAACCAGGGGGAACAUUUUGGAACUACGGAAGCCACAGAAGCCUUCUUUGCAAUGACUCGAUUGUUUCAAUCUAAUGAUCAAACAUUGAGACGAAUGUGCUACCUUACCAUCAAAGAAAUGGCCAACAUCUCUGAGGAUGUGAUAAUUGUUACAAGCAGUUUGACUAAGGACAUGACUGGAAAGGAAGAUGUGUACCGAGGCCCCGCCAUCAGGGCUCUCUGCAGAAUCACUGAUGGAACGAUGUUGCAGGCCAUUGAAAGAUACAUGAAGCAGGCCAUUGUGGAUAAAGUCUCCAGUGUGUCCAGUUCAGCACUGGUAUCUUCCUUACACAUGAUGAAGAUAAGCUAUGAUGUGGUUAAGCGCUGGGUCAAUGAAGCCCAAGAAGCUGCUUCGAGUGAUAAUAUUAUGGUCCAGUACCAUGCGUUGGGAGUUUUGUAUCACCUUAAAAAGAAUGAUCGCCUUGCUGUUUCUAAGAUGUUGAAUAAAUUUACUAAAUCUGGCCUCAAAUCACAGUUUGCUUACUGCAUGUUGAUCCGAAUUGCCAGUCGCUUACUGAAAGAAAAUGAAGAGGGCCAUGAAAGUCCAGUCUUUGAUUUCAUUGAGAGCUGCUUGCGAAAUAAACAUGAAAUGGUUAUUUAUGAAGCUGCUUCAGCUAUCAUCCAUCUUCCUAAUUGUACUGCAAGGGAGUUGGCACCUGCUGUUUCAGUUCUUCAGCUUUUCUGUAGCUCUCCUAAGCCAGCUUUGAGAUAUGCAGCUGUGAGGACCUUGAACAAGGUGGCAAUGAAGCACCCCUCUGCUGUUACUGCCUGCAACCUAGACUUAGAAAACUUGAUCACAGACUCAAACAGAAGCAUUGCUACCCUGGCCAUUACUACACUCCUCAAAACAGGAAGUGAGAGCAGUGUGGAUAGGCUUAUGAAGCAGAUAUCAUCUUUUGUGUCUGAAAUCUCAGAUGAGUUCAAGGUGGUGGUUGUACAGGCAAUUAGUGCUCUCUGUCAGAAAUACCCUCGAAAGCACAGCGUCAUGAUGACUUUCCUCUCCAACAUGCUCCGAGAUGAUGGAGGCUUUGAAUAUAAGCGGGCCAUUGUGGACUGCAUAAUCAGCAUCGUGGAAGAGAACCCUGAGAGUAAAGAAGCAGGUCUCGCCCACCUUUGUGAAUUCAUUGAGGACUGUGAACACACUGUUCUGGCUACUAAGAUUCUCCACUUGUUGGGCAAAGAGGGCCCCAGAACACCUGUCCCCUCCAAGUAUAUCCGCUUUAUUUUUAAUAGGGUCGUGCUGGAGAAUGAGGCCGUCAGAGCUGCUGCUGUGAGUGCUCUGGCUAAAUUUGGGGCUCAGAAUGAGAAUCUUCUCCCAAGUAUCCUUGUACUCUUACAAAGGUGUAUGAUGGAUACUGAUGAUGAGGUACGGGACAGAGCUACCUUCUAUCUGAAUGUGCUACAGCAGAGGCAGAUGGCACUGAAUGCUACCUAUAUCUUCAAUGGUCUAACAGUCUCUGUGCCAGGGAUGGAAAAAGCCUUACACCAGUACACAUUGGAGCCUUCAGAGAAGCCCUUUGACAUGAAAUCUAUCCCCCUUGCUAUGGCUCCUGUCUUUGAACAAAAAGCAGAAAUCACACUGGUGGCUACUAAGCCAGAGAAGUUGGCUCCUUCCAGGCAAGACAUUUUCCAAGAACAACUGGCUGCCAUUCCUGAGUUUAUGAAUCUAGGACCCUUGUUCAAGUCAUCCGAGCCUGUCCAACUUACAGAAGCAGAGACAGAAUACUUUGUUCGUUGUAUCAAGCACGUGUUUACCAAGCACAUUGUGUUCCAGUUUGACUGUACCAAUACUCUCAAUGACCAGCUGCUGGAGAAAGUGACAGUGCAGGUGGAACCAUCAGACUCCUGUGAAGUGCUGUGCUGUAUCCCAGCGCCCAGCCUAACUUAUAAUCAGCCGGGAAUAUGUUACACUCUUGUUCGUUUACCUGAUGACGACUCUACAGCAGGUACUGAUACCCAGAAUGAAAGACAUAUGAUUGUGGGUACAUUACCACUUGAGCUCGUAAAUGUCUGGACAAGUAUUUGAGGUUCAAGAAUUUGUUUGUUUUCCAGAAUUAAAUGUAAUGAUAAUGAUGGUAUAUUUAUAUUUAUAAAAUUAAUUACUGCUAUAGAUAUACUAAUUUUAUAACUAAUUCUCUGAGUAAAAUAUGCUGGACAUUUAAUCUUAAAAGAGAAACUGAAUGUAUACAGUGGUAGCCCAAAAAGGAAUUCAGACUUUCUGUUGAAACAGUGUGACCACUGGUUCAUGUAGCUGAUGUCUCCUUGAAGGAUCAUGGCCUCCUUCUCCCUGAUGUUUCUUUCCAGGGCAUCUUGGGGAUUUUUUACUUAGUAGAUCCAUGGCAUCUGAAAAUGUAUUUUUUUUAAGGGUCCUGUAGCCCAAGGCUGGCGUCUUAGUAUGUCUCAGCCCAGUAAGUGGCUUAGCCAACAACUGGGUGUCCACAUUUGAGAAAGGCUUUGUAAUUCUCCACUUGACCUG